AUGGCCGUGCUGCUCCUCCCUGUGCAGCUGCUGGCGGUGGCUGUCACCAUCUACCUGCAGCUGGUGAGCUCUGCGCGAGGCGGCGUCUACUAUGGGAUCAAGCAGCUGCCACCCCAGGUGCCCCAGUACCAACCCCUCGGACAACAAGUACCUCACAUGCCGCUGGGCAAGGACGGCAUACCCAUGCAGCACAUGGGCAAGGAGGUGCCACACAUGCAGUACGGGAAGGAGUACCCCCACCUGCCUCAGUACAUGAAGGAGGUCCCGCAGAUGCCCCUGCUCGGCAAGGACAUGGCCCCCAAGAAGGAGAAAGAAAUGCCCGUGCGCAGUCUCAGGGGCGAGCAAGGUCCCCCUGGUGAGCCUGGACCAAGAGGGCCACCGGGACCACCAGGAUUACCGGGUCAUGGCGUGCCAGGAGCCAAAGGAAAACCGGGCCCGCAAGGAUAUCCAGGAAUUGGGAAGCCGGGCUUGCCGGGGAUGCCCGGGAAACCAGGAGUCAUGGGGCCCCCAGGGCCGAGAGGGGAGAUGGGGCCGAAGGGGGAGAUCGGGCCCAUGGGGAUACCUGGGCCACAAGGACCGCCGGGCCCCCACGGGCUUCCCGGCAUAGGAAAA